GGCGUAGUUUAAGUCUACUUACUACAGGACGAAUAUUUAGUUUUUUCUUUUCUCAGGAAGUUUCGGUUCUACUAAUCGUGAUUUGAAGAUCUUCCUUUCUCCUCUCCGUUAAGACAAUUUAUUAUUCAACACCGCUUAAAGCAUAUUUAGAGAAAAAAUAGCGACCGGUUGAUUAUUCCCUCAUACCCUAGGUCUAUCCCACCAAGCAGUUACUCGACACCGCGGUUCAUCAAAGUAUGCCCCGAAACGACCAAAUUACAACCAUGUCGUGCUGGCAAUCGGUGCCGCCUGUUCUUUUUCUCUUGGUCCUCGGGACCGUUCUCCUCGCGGGAGGGGUGCAGGGCAAACGGUCUCGCCGACACGUCGGCGGGCCAGGCGGAGGGGCUCAAAGUGGUUCUUGCUCUCCCGCCGCCGACGGUGCAGCCGUGUCGAAGCUCUUUCCUAGUGAUCAUGCAGCUGUGGAGGGGGCUCCUGCGGAUCAGUUAGUAACGAGGCUGACUGAUGUUGAUGGCGUUUCUUCCCUUCUGCCUGAUGCGGUCUGGUGGGGGGUGGCAUCUUUUCUCCAAAAAGAGAGGUUUUUCUUGCACAACAUUUUUGACGCUUUAGUUCCAGGGAGGUCGCGAUCAAUCUGGGCGGAGCAACUUGAGAGAGGCCCGAGCCCACCUUGGCGGAACGGCUCGAGAGAGGCCACUGACUAUGGUGACGCAGGCGCCACCAUGAGCGAGAUGAGGAAGGAAAUGAAGGCGAGUUGGGAUGCAUUCUUUAAGCUUCUUCGCCAGGAUCCGCACCUUUUGAAUCUGCCUAUUGGGGGUUUGUCCAAGCUGAACCGUCGACUUCGAAGGCAGCACGUAAAAAUGCAAGGCACGUCAUCUAUUGUUCAAGGUGGUCAUCCGUAUGGUCUGGCUGCGCAAUUGGCGUGUUAUGGAGCCAAUGGCAUCAAUACUUGUCGGGACCACGCUGACGUUGCGGAAGUCCUCAAAGCCGCCGACCUAGAUGCUCCACUUCGGUACUUUCUAAAACUUGUGGAGGAUGAACUGACACGACAGGGAAUGCAAGAGAGGGAAAACCGCGUUGUCGGUGACAACGUUUUCUACGACACAGGACUUUCUUGUGCUGCCUCUGUCCAGAUUGCGUCUGCAUCUUCUGUGAACAUUCAGAUGGACGACAGCCACAGAGAAACGCACGCUCCGGAGUUCGGCCGCCUCAUAAUUCGCGUCAACCACGUGAAGCUUUCCGAGGAAGAUAAAGCGCAGCUACAAUCGUUGGAGAGGACAACUACACUGUCCAAUGGGCUCGUCGUCUUUGCCGAGAGCCGGGGAAUUCGACAAGACCUUGUCACUUUGAGCCUCGUCAUCGCUCCAGAGGGGGGCCCGAUGUAUUUGGUAUGAAAGCAUUUCGAGUUUUAGUGAACUGCAGUCUUUGAUCUUGACAUUAAAGCUUUAUUAUAAAGUUGGUACGAUUACAAGAUUAUGAAUAUGUAUUGCUCGUAGAUAGUCUUCAAUGUGUAAUGUUUAUUCAACUCUUGGCUAAGUGAUUGACUGUUUAUCUGUCUUUGUGUCUGUGUUCUAUCGUGGCUUAGCUCGGCAUAUCGUUCAGUGAUCGUUACUACGAUUGUGUCUUGACUCUCUCGGUGAUGUUUACUCGGUCCUGAGGCCCUUCGGGGACCGAUCCUAGCCAGGCGGUGGCGCUUUUUUAUCUAUGAGUUUUUUGCUGGGCCGCUUACAUUACUGUAGCCGGGAGUGCGGGGGCGCAGGUGGAGCUUAAGCCCCACACCCUGACCACGCUCCUCUGCGUCGGUCUUUAAUCUGUUCCUUCGACCUCCCUCUUCCUCUCUCCUCCCUCAACCUGUGUGCUCGUUUAGAUUAUCUAUGUAUUUUCUAGUGCAGAUGUAGCUCUUAGUCUUUGACUCAUCGCCGUCUAGUCCACACAAAUUAUUGCUCGUAGAUAGCCGGUAGAAGUCGUCAGGGAAAUCUUCAAUCACUCAUUACUAAUGAAUCAGUAUUGGCCUUUUUUUCAUGAGGCAAUGGGAGGAAAAAAAAGAAAAUGUUACUAAAAGUUGGUGGUAAUUGAUGAUUGGUAGUCCCUCUGAGGCUACUGACGUUCGCCCCACAAUGCAGGUAAAGCUGCGGGCGACUCCUAUCCUAUCCUACCUACUCACUGCGUGCUGA